AUGGGAAUUCCUGGUAGUCCCAUGGGAAUUACUGGUAGUCACAUGGGAAUUACUCGUAGUCACAUGGGAAUUAUUCGUAUUCACAUGGGAAUUAUUCGUAUUCGCGUGGGAAUUAUUUGUAUUCACAUGGGAAUCAUUCGUAGUCACAUGGGAAUUAUUCGUAUUCACAUGGGAAUUAUUCGUAGUCACAUGGGAAUUAUUCGUAGUCACAUGGGAAUUAUUCGUAUUCACAUGGGAAUCAUUCGUAUUCGCGUGGGAAUUAUUCGUAUUCACAUGGGAAUCAUUCGUAGUCACAUGGGAAUUAUUCGUAUUCACAUGGGAAUUAUUCGUAGUCACAUGGGAAUUAUUCGUAGUCACAUGGGAAUCAUUCGUAGUUACAUGGGAAUUAUUCGUAUUUACAUGGGAAUCAUUCGUAUUCGCAUGGGAAUCAUUCGUAUUCGCAUGGGAAUUAUUCGUAGUCACAUGGGAAUUAUUCGUAUUCGCAUGGGAAUUAUUCGUAGUCGCAUGGGAAUUAUUCGUAUUUCCAUGGGAAUCAUUCGUAGUCGCAUGGGAAUUAUUCGUAUUUCCAUGGGAAUCAUUCGUAUUCGCAUGGGAAUUAUUCGUAGUCACAUGGGAAUUAUUCGUAUUCACAUGGGAAUCAUUCGUAUUCGCAUGGGAAUUAUUCGUAUUUCCAUGGGAAUCAUUCGUAUUCACAUGGAAAUUGCUUGUAUUAACAUGGGAGUUCUUCGUAUUCACAUGGGAAUUGUUAGUAGUCACAUAGGAUUCCCCGAGUUCCCAUAG